CCGCACAGUGGCGGCAGUUCCCCGUUUGCAAGCCAGGGGUCCCCUCCUCGUAACUGGAAAGAGAAGCCAAUACAAGAGGAGCUUUUUUUUUUUUUUUGCAGUUGUUAAUGGUUUCCUAAAAAGAAAAAAAAAUACAACCACCGCCACCUCAAAAACCAAGAAAACCGAGCGCAGUCAUCCUGAGCCGGCAUGUUAAACCUACGUCGGUGAGAGGGGAGAAGAGCCAAACUCGAAGACCACAAAACAAAACUCUUAAGAGCCGCAUAGUCAUUAUAAUAACACUUAGCAGCGGCCGAGCUUGUUGUGGGUGAAAACUAAAUGGUAGACUACCACUGAGUCCAUCCGUGAUGCCCGAGGUUCGGGACCUGUCUGAGGCCUUGCCCGAACUACCAAUGGACCCGAUCACUGGUGUUGGGGUGGUGGCAUCCCGCAAUAGAGCUCCAGCUGGCUACGAAGUUGUUUCACAAACAACAGAUGGCCUAGAUGCUGAUCUCUGGAAGGACGGCUUAUUCAAAUCCAAGGUCACGCGAUACCUCUGUUUCACAAGAACGUUCUCCAAAGAAAAUAGUCAUUUAGGAAACGUGCUGGUUGACAUGAAGCUAAUUGACAUCAAGGACACUCUGCCAGUGGGUUUUAUUCCAAUUCAAGAAACAGUAGACACACAGGAGCAGGCGUUCAGAAAAAGACGACUUUGUAUAAAGUUUAUUCCACGGGAUUCCACUGAAGCUGCUAUUUGUGACAUCCGCAUUCUAGGAAAAACUAAACAAGCACCACCCCAGUAUACGUUCAUAGGAGAGCUGAACAACAUGGGCAUCUGGUAUCGAAUGGGAAGGGUGCCUCGUACGCAGGAGCCAGCGGUCCUUCACAGCUCUGUUUCUCAAACUCCCAUUUCAUCCCAAGCACCGCUUCCCAAUCUGCCCAAACAUAUCUCCAUGACCCUGCCUGCCUCUUUCCGUGGAAAAAACAACACAAGGCCUGACUUUGAGCACCAGAACUCAAACAUCUAUACCAUCUCAGCGAUGGAUGGCGUGCCUUUUAUGAUUUCGGAGAAGUUUGCAUUUGCCUCAAAUGAUAUGCAGCAACUCAAUUUAAUGGGAAUCACAAUCAAAUCCCUGGAAGAAAUUGAGAAAGAAUACGACUACAGUUUCCGGACAGAGCAAAGUGCAGCCGCCCGUCUCCCACCGAGUCCCAGCAGGCUGCAGGAGAAUCCGGACUCUUGAGGAAGAACGGCGAAGAGCAAAAGGGACGUUACUACUGAAUUGUGCCCCGUUGGCACUGCAUUGCUGGGCGUAAUCUGCGUUUCUUUUCUUUCCGUUUUUGAAUAACUCCUCAUCUAACAAAGCUGCCUUUUGGUUUCAUCCUCUGUUCUUUCUUUAUUGGGAUUUUAAUACUUUAUUUUUUUUUAUUUGUAAAUGGUAAGGCUCACUAUAACAUUGUGUGAUUUUGUGCUGGUAACAUUUCCAUCUUUUUAGCUCGAGUGUUGUAUUUUAUUCAGUCUUGUGCUGUGGACGCCGCUGCCUGCAUUUGGAGGAAGUCGCAGCCAGUUAGUUGUGUGAAGUUUUUUUGCGGACCUUUCUUUAAAUCCACCUGGAGGAACAAACAAACGAGACGUCAUCCUUUGUAAAGCCACUUCAGACUCUUGGGAGACUCAGGUACGAGAGCCAAGCCAUGAAAGGUGCUUUGUUUUUUAUGUUUUUGGGGCCUGUGAAAUUCAUGGAUGGAUGGCGACGCAGGACUUCUUCUUCUCUAAGACUCGGACUUGACACGAGAGGACUCUUCUGAACUCCUUAAAGGGGUGCGGAGGCCUCCCUCUGUGCUUAGCGCUUUGUCUCGCACCAUGGACGUGACGCUCAUCUCCGGUGCCAGGACUGGAUCAGAGGGCUGCUGUGUAUGGAAGGCGUUGUCACGACGGACCACCACACUGAUUAUGGUCCGCCAUUAAAGCCCCGUUGGGCACCACGGCAAGCGGUGUGGCAAAGCAGCGAGCCCUGCGUGCAGAAUUUGGUGUUCCUGUUGUUUGCUGUUACCUGCUUGUACUGACGAGAUGGUGGCAGUGCCCACGUCACCACGGGUGUGAGUGUGUGUGUGCGAGUGUGUGAUCCUGAUGUACAACACGCAAUCAAAUGUAAACCACUCUGUUUGCCUCCGCGUCUCGGACGCACUGGUUUGAGCCUAUGCAAAUUCAACAGUGCUAUCGUUUAUUUGGAUUUGAUUGUCGUUGUGUUAUGUUCACUUUGUGUACAGUAUUCUGGAAAUGUUUUCACGUAUGCAAAAAUCGGCCGGUCAAGAAGAGUCGUGUGCACAAUGUGUCCUUCCGUCGCCGCUCGGCCUGCAGCUGGAUGUCCACUGGCAGAACAUCACGCACCCUAAGGCCUCCGGUGACGUCAGUGGCCAUCCAGACGUCACCCCGCUGCCCCCAGACAUGUCACGCUGCUCUUGUUGAUCUCUUGUUAUUUUUCUCUUUAUUAAGCCAGUAUUAUUUCUGCCAGUUGUGUACUUUUUGUUUAAAGCGAUCUCAGAUUUUUUUUUUCUUCUUCUUCUCAUGUGGGGUUUUGCUUAUUCAGUGAAGAGACGAAUGCAAUGCCAUCUUCUUGAUUCCCCCCCAGUGUAGGUCAUUCAUAUGUGUUGAUAUUGGACUCCGUCUGAAGGGAUUCGUUGACCUCCAGUCACUUAGUGACAACGGCAUUCUGUCACAUCUGGGUGUCCCUUUGAGGCCAUUUGUGAACGUUUGCACAUUUCUGGAGAGCCUUCUCCAACUUUUUCAUUUUAUCUUGCACACAUUUUACAGAGCCUUGUGGCCCGUUGAUCCCAUUGGUCCUGUCCGGGAGGGAGAGUGGCAAACAAAAAUGACCCUCCAGAGCCAGGGGACCCCCUCACACCACCCACCGGCCCCCUGAACGCUGAGUGGACGGCACCUCCUCUGUACGCCCAAAUGUCAAAAUGGCCUUCUGUGUGGCAGGCGUAUGAAGGAGCCACUUGGGCCUUGUGCAUGUCAAUCGACUUUAUUGAUCAGUCGGGUGAUUUCUGUUACCCCUUUCAGAGCUGCUUUUCAUUCAGUGUGUGUUUUCCACGCGCUGUCAAUGUUUCUAGUUUAUCGCAUGCCAAGUGUGGCGUUGAACCCCUCAGUCAGAAGUUGGUUUCUUUUCUUGUCUGUUAUUUUAUUUAGUUGAAAUCAAACGUGAGACACGUUGACGUUCUGCGCCUUUUCAGACUGUGAAUGAGAGACCCUGCCGGUCCUCUGGAUUUGCUUUUGAUUUACUUGUGUGUGUCGAGGUCAUUGGUGUACAGCCGAGUCUCGUCUGCGUCCCCAUCUCAGUGUGUAAGGUGUGUGUUUAUCUUACUCUCUCUAUACAUACAUAUAUAUAUAUAGAAAUUAAACUUUUAACAGUUCUUUAAUAAUUCAGUGCCCUCUUGUGUUCAAGCAUUGCCUCAAACCAUUUAUAUUUCUGUGUAACCCUUCAAUUAACCACAUUUUUUAUUAUUGCAUUUUAUUACCUUUGCUUAGCCGAAGUAUGAAAAGUCAUUUUCCUCAGAUUCCUCUUAUCAGUCCUUUCAAAUGUUUAGAUUAAAGCAAUUAUACCGUUUAUUUUUAAUUUCCUGGGGAAAAAAAAAUCUUUCCUUAAACCCGACUUUAAAUGUGCUAAGCAUCUGUGGAAUAUUUUGUGUUGAAAGUUCUUCUGACUAACUUGCAUGUAUUUUAAAAUGUGUAUUAAGAAAGCAGAUGCUUUUGUAUCCAAAACGCGUGCGUGUGCCCGUGUGAGCGUGUGUGUGCACAUGACCAUGCGUGUGUCCGUGUGAGCGUGUGUGUGCACAUGACCGUGCGUGUGUGUGUGUGCGGCUGCCAUUCAUAAGCAUUAAAAAGCCUGAAAAUGGAAAAAAAAAACAAAAGCCAUUUCAAGAUCUCUGUAUGCGUUAAAGGCACAAAGCUGCUAAUUUAUGCAAGUGUGUCUGCCUUGAAUUUUUAAUUAAUUAUUAAACAAACAAACAAAAAAAAAGUGUGGUUCUUAAUUGAAGUAUUUGUAAGGGUGCCCAUCUUCAGCCUGCUCCCGCACAGUGCAUGUGGACUCUGUGUAUGUGGAGACAGCUUGUGAUAUUUCAGUUUCAGAUUUCUGAUUGUUUUGUUUUCAUUGUCUAGACGUGCGGAGCAGAGCGCUGUGUGUCUGUCUGCUCGUCUCUGUCUGUCUGCUCGUCUGUCUGUCUGUCUGUCUGCUCGUCUCUCUGUCUGUCUGCUCGUCUGUCUGUCUAUCUGCUCUGUUGCACAGACUCUCCGGUCCCACCAGUGGGUCUCUCUCUCUCUCUGGCUGUUUUAAGCCUUUCUCUGUAACACAACUUCAUUUAGGUGCCAGAGCGGAGAGGGCAUCGACUCGCAGGGUGAGCUAAAGCCAGGUGGCCUGGAUGGUGACAGGGACCACCACUGUGCUGUCUGGCAGGUCGGCCUCUCCUGCUCCUUGCAAAUCACAGCCAACCUUCUGCCUCUGCAGAGACUUCACAAAUGGUGCACUCGCUCGCAUUGCUUUUUUAAGGGUUUUUACUUUUCUAAGGACUAACUUUAAAACCACUAUGGAGGCAGCGUUACACUUGGCUGCUACUAACUGAACCGGAACAAAAAACAAAGAAAAAAAAACACACCAGUUUGCACGUUUCCUAAAUGGCUGUCUGUAAAUAAACCUCUCUACUAAUUUUUUUUCCCCUUGUUGAAAGUUUUUGCAGUUCAUGAAAAGUUUGUCAGUACGAACUUGUAGGUAUUGUACCUUUUUAUAUUUAUUUAAGUUUCUUACUUUACAGAAAGGUUAUCUCAAAGUGUAAUUCUUAGUGUGUAUUAAAGUGAUUGGAAUAAAACCUGUUUUAACG